AGUUUACACGUUCCACCACUGUGCACUGCAUAAAAUUGGGGGAAAAAUUAUAAUUUCCUUGAAAAACUUAAAUUGAAAACAUCUAAAAAUUUAUUCAAUCUUAACAAAAUGUUUAUUUCAUAAUUCAAACAAAGUUUCUUAUCGCUGAGCUCAUAAAAAUCAAUAUGACAUUACAAUUCCUUCACACACGUGUAAGCAUAUCUGCACUCAACCUGAUCCCUUGCUCCGCCCGGUGCAUGUUGUUUUAUUUCACCCGGAAAAAAUGUCGGAUGAAGUAGCGAAAGCGCAGGCAGCAGAUGCCUCAGCAAACGAUACCAUUUUUGGGAAGAUUCUACGCAAAGAAAUUCCCUGCACGUUCAUCUACGAGGAUGAUAAGUGUGUUGCAUUUAACGACGUCGCUCCGCAAGCACCGGUACACUUCCUCGUGAUUCCGCGCAAGACCAUUCCGCAGCUAUCGAAAGCGACGGAAGAGGACGAAGCGCUGCUCGGACAUUUGAUGCUCGUUGGCAAGAAGGUGGCCGCCGAGCAAGGCAUGGAGGAAGGGUUCCGUGUCGUCAUCAACGACGGCAAGAACGGUGCCCAGUCGGUUUACCAUCUGCAUCUGCACUUCCUCGGCGGACGGCAGAUGAAGUGGCCGCCGGGCUAAAGCGAUGUGCUGCUGCACGUACGCUGAGAUAAGAGUGUUUGUUUUUUUUUUGCAAAUAUCGAAUAAAAAGACAACAGGGAACGGAAA